GAAGACAUUGAGAUAGAGGUGAAGGUUCUACGGGCUGGAAAGGCUGUGGGGGUUGCCACUGUAGAGUUAAGGAAGAAGAAGUCUGGAAAGAUCAUAGCUCAUGCGCGUUACACCAAGUACCUUGCUGUACCUAGCAAUUUAUAAAGGGAUGUUUGUCUUUUACUUGAGCUGCAAUUAAAGCUUUAUUUGCAUCUAUUAACAAAAGGAAAAAGAAAAGCUUUAUUUGCUUUAUGAAUGUAAUGCUCGAAAAUUUGGAGCAUCUUGUUGUAGAAUUGAUCCUAUACUGCUUUCUACAUACAGGCUUUAUUAUGCCUUCUAUGUUUUAUUUUUAGUUUCUUUUCUAUUUAUGCAUCAGACAAUGUGAACAGUUGAAGACUUUGGAGGAAAGGCUACUAUCAGUAGUUGAAAUUUU